AUGCUGGCACAACACGUUUUGCUGGGACCAAUGGAAUGGUACCUUUGUGGUGAAGAUCCUGCAUUUGGUUUUCCAAAGCUUGAGCAAGCGAACAAACCUUCCCAUCUUUGUGGCCGCGUUUUUAAAGUGGGAGAGCCUACCUAUUCUUGCAGGGACUGUGCGGUUGACCCAACUUGUGUGUUAUGCAUGGAGUGCUUUCUUGGAAGUAUUCAUAGAGAGCACCGAUACAGGAUGACAACAUCAGGUGGGGGAGGUUUCUGUGACUGUGGUGAUACAGAAGCUUGGAAAGAAGGUCCUUACUGUCAAAAGCACGAACUUAACACUUCAGAGACUGCAGAAGAAGAGGAUCCUCUUAUGCAGUUACCAGAAGAUAUGGUAGCAAGAGCUUAUAAUAUUUUUGCCAUCACAUUUAAAUAUGCAGUAGAUAUAUUAACAUGGGAAAAGGAAAAUGAAUUGCCUGGCCUAGAAAUGAUCGAGAAGAGUGACACUUACUACUGCAUGCUGUUUAAUGAUGAAGUCCAUACCUAUGAACAAGUUAUUUAUACUCUUCAGAAGGCUGUCAACUGCACACAGAAGGAAGCUAUUGGUUUUGCAACAACAGUAGAUAGAGAUGGACGUAGGUCUGUUCGAUAUGGAGACUUUCAGUACUGCGAUCAAGCAAAAUCAGUAAUAGUGAGAAACACCAGUCGUCAGACAAAGCCAUUGAAAGUACAAGUUAUGCAUUCAUCUAUUGUUGCCCAUCAGAGCUUUGGUCUGAAGCUCCUAACCUGGCUUGGCAGUGUUAUUGGAUAUUCAGAUGGCCUUCGUCGAAUAUUGUGUCAAGUUGGUUUGCAGGAGGGGCCAGAUGGUGAAAAUUCUUCUCUUGUGGAUAAGCUGAUGCUGUAUGAUUCUAAACUGUGGAAAGGAGCUAGAAAUGUGUAUCACCAGUUAUUCAUGAGCAGUCUACUUAUGGAUUUGAAAUACAAGAAACUUUUUGCUAUCCGCUUUGCAAGAAAUUACCGGCAGUUGCAGAGAGAUUAUAUGGAGGAUGAUCACGAACGGGCAGUAUCGGUGGCUGCUCUGUCUGUCCAACUCUUCACUGUACCUACUCUGAACUAUGAGCGAUUGCAGAGUGAUUUUAUGAAAGAUGACCACGACAGAGAGUUCUCAAUUGCUGACCUCUCGAUACAGAUAUUCACAGUGCCUUCUCUUGCUCGAAUGCUAAUAACGGAAGAAAAUCUCAUGACCACUAUCAUCAAAACUUUUAUGGACCACUUAAGACACCGUGAUAUCCAAGGCAGGUUUCAGUUUGAACGUUACACUGCUCUGCAGGCUUUCAAAUUCAGGCGUGUUCAGAGCCUUAUUUUGGAUCUCAAGUAUGUGUUGAUAAGUAAGCCAACUGAGUGGUCAGAUGACUUGAGGCACAAGUUCCUAGAGGGUUUUGAUGCCUUCUUAGAAUUACUUAAAUGUAUGCAGGGUAUGGAUCCAGUAACUCGUCAAGUAGGACAACACAUAGAAAUGGAACCAGAAUGGGAAGCAGCAUUUACAUUGCAGAUGAAAUUAACACUUGUUAUUUCAAUGAUGCAAGACUGGUGUGCUUUAGAUGAAAAAGUGUUAAUUGAAGCUUACAAGAAAUGCCUGACUGUGGUGAUGCAGUGCCAUAGUGGUUUUACUGAUGGAGAACAGCCUAUUGUUCUCAGUAUGUGUGGACAUUCAGUUGAGACCAUCAGAUACUGUGUUUCUCAGGAAAAAGUUAGCAUUCAUCUCCCAGUUUCUCGUUUACUUGCAGGCUUGCAUGUUUUGCUGAGUAAAACUGAAGUGGCAUACAAGUUUCCAGAGCUGCUACCCCUGAGUGAACUUAGCCCGCCUAUGUUAAUAGAACAUCCUCUCCGAUGUCUAGUCCUAUGUGCCCAAGUGCAUGCUGGGAUGUGGAGAAGAAAUGGGUUCUCUCUUGUUAAUCAGAUUUAUUACUAUCAUAAUGUGAAGUGCAGGAGGGAGAUGUUUGACAAGGACAUAGUAAUGCUUCAGACAGGUGUGUCUAUGAUGGAUCCAAAUCACUUCUUGAUGAUAAUGCUGAGUCGCUUUGAACUUUAUCAGAUAUUUAGUACUCCAGACUAUGGCAAAAGAUUUAGCGCAGAAAAUACUAACAAGGAUGUUGUUCAACAAAAUAACACUCUUAUAGAAGAGAUGCUAUACCUCAUUAUAAUGAUUGUUGGUGAAAGAUUCAGUCCUGGAAUAGGACAGGUAAAUGCAACAGAUGAAAUCAAACGGGAGAUCAUCCAUCAGUUGAGCAUCAGGCCAAUGGCUCACAGUGAAUUGGUAAAGGCAUUACCUGAAGAUGAGAACAGAGAGACAGGAAUGGAAAGUGUGAUUGAAGAAGUGGCCUGUUUCAAGAAACCUGGAUUAACAGGCAGAGGGCUCUAUCAACUAAAACCAGAAUGUGCCAGGAACUUCAAUCUGUAUUUCUAUCACUUUUCAAGGGCAGAGCAAUCAAAGGCAGAGGAAGCACAAAGAAAGCUGAAAAGACGGAACAGAGAAGAUACAGCACUUCCACCCCCAGCUCUUCCUCCUUUCUGCCCACUUUUUGCAAGUCUGGUUAAUAUUCUGCAAUCUGAUGUCAUGCUGUGCAUUAUGGGAACUAUACUGCAGUGGGCAGUAGAACACAAUGGCUAUGCCUGGUCAGAGUCCAUGCUGCAAAGGGUUUUGCAUUUGCUUGGAAUGGCACUGCAAGAAGAAAAACAACAUCUGGAGAAUCUCAGUGAGGAGAGUGUUGUAACAUUUACCUUCACUCAGAAAAUAUCAAGACCUGGAGAGGCACCCAAUAAUUCCCCUAGUAUACUAGCUAUGCUAGAAACACUGCAAAAUGCACCUCAUCUGGAAGUGCAUAAGGACAUGAUCAGAUGGAUAUUGAAGACUUUUAAUACUAUUAAGAAACUAAGAGAAAGCUCUUCAACAAGUCCUGUGGCUGAGACAGAAGGAAAUAUUAUGGAGGAGAGUUCACGUGAUAAAGACAAAGCUGAAAGGAAGCGAAAAGCUGAGAUUGCCAGACUGCGCAGAGAAAAGAUCAUGGCCCAGAUGUCUGAGAUGCAACGGCACUUCAUUAAUGAAAACAAAGAACUAUUUCAGCAAACUUUGGAGGAGCUAGAUACUUCAACCUCUGGAGUACAUGAAAAUAGCCCUGUAAUUUCAGAUGCAAAACUCACAGCCUUGGGACCAGAGCAAACUAGAGUAGCUGAACACAGACAGGUUGUUAUGUGUAUAUUGUGUCAGGAGGAACAAGAAGUUAAAGUGGACAGCAGGGCUAUGGUCUUGGCAGCAUUUAUUCAGCGAUCAACUGUGUUGUCUAAAAAUAGAAACAAAAUUAUUCCAGACCCUGAAAAGUAUGACCCAUUAUUCAUGCACCCAGAUCUGUCAUGUGGAACACACACGGGUAGCUGUGGACAUAUUAUGCAUGCUCAUUGUUGGCAAAGGUAUUUUGAUGCUGUCCAAGCAAAAGAACAACGAAGACAACAAAGAUUUCGAGUACACACAAGUUACGAUGUAGAAAAUGGUGAAUUCCUUUGCCCACUUUGUGAAUGUUUAAGCAACACUGUUAUUCCUCUGCUUCCUCCAUCAAGAGCUUUGUUUAACAGGUUAGACUUUUCAGUCCAACCAAACCUAGCUCAGUGGAUCAAAACAAUAUCCCAGCAAAUAAAAGCACUGUAUUUACUUCGAGACGAAGACUGUGCAAGCAAUUCUGGUAAUUCAGAAAAAAUGCAUCAGCUGCAAUUACCUGAAGGAUUUAGACCAGGUUUCAAACCGAAGAAUCCUUAUUCUGAGAGCAUAAAAGAGAUGUUGACAACUUUUGGUACGGCAACAUACAAAGUAGGCUUGAAGGUUCAUCCAAAUGAAGAAGAUCCACGUGUACCUAUAAUGUGCUGGGGAAGCUGUGCUUACACGAUACAGACUAUAGAACGAAUUUUAGCUGAUGAAGAUAAACCAUUAUUUGGUCAUUUACCUUGUCGACAGGAUGACUGCCUUACAUCAUUAACAAGAUUUGCAGCAGCUCACUGGACAGUUUCAUCUCUUUCGGCAGUACAGGGUCACUUUUGUACUCUCUUAGCAUCACUGGUGCCUAAUGAAAAAAAUGGAAAUCUUCCUUGCAUACUUGAUAUUGACAUGUUUCAUUUAUUG